AGUGGAAGAGGUAGCAAGCGUUUAUUUCACACACUGAGAGCUUGUGAACUGUGUAAAGGUGAUAAAGAAGGACUGAAUCUACAAAUAACAGAGAAGAAUGAACAUCAUCUUGACUUUCGCUCUGCUGAUGAUUCCUGGUGCAGUGACCUCCAUCAGUGUGACAGGAUAUUCGGAGGGUGGAGUCAUCAUCACAUGCAAAUAUGAGAUGCAAUAUAGAACAAAUGUGAAGUAUUUUUGUAGAUGGCAGUGGUCAAGGUGCUCUGACCUCAUCAGGGUUGAUAUUAAAGAUGAAUGGACACAGCUAGGAAGAUUUUUUCUGUAUGACAGCACUAGAGCAGCAGUCUUCACAGUGAUCAUCAGAGAUCUGAAUGAACAGGAUUCUGGAACAUACUAUUGUGGAUUUUAUACACCGCUUCAUCUAUAUUCAUACACAGAAGUGAAUCUGAACGUUAGAGAAGGUGUUCAAAGAAAGACUAUAACAGGAUAUUCAGGAGGAAACAUCCUUAUAAACUCCAAAUAUGAGAAGGAACACAAGAACAGUCUGAAAUAUGUCUGUAAAACAACAACACAACCAUGUUUUGAUCUGAUAUACAGUAAGAAUAUACCAGAAUGGAGUCGCAAUGACAGCCUGUCUAUUCAUGAUGACACAACUGCAGGUCUCCUGAGAGUGUUUUUCAGAGAACUGAAUGUGGAAGAUUCUGGAAAAUAUCUCAUUAUAUUUCUGGUUUCUGAGGAAUAUAGAGUCUUCUCUGAACUGAACCUGGAUGUUAAAGAGGAUGAUUGUUGUGAGAAGGUCGUCAGUUUAUCAGCUCCUUCAGGAGAAUCUGUGAACAUCAGCUGCAGAUAUCCACAAUCUCACAUCAGUGACAGCAAGUUUUUCUGCCGAAUAUCUGGAGCUGGUACAUGUGCUAAUGAGACACAAGAGAGACAGUUGCAGCUGUAUGAUGACAGAGAAGAUCAUCUCCUGACUGUAACCAUCAGUAAUGUGACUGAUUCAGCAGAAUACUGGUGUGGAGUUCAAUCUCCUCAAUACAAGAUCUUCAUCACGCGAGUCCAGCUCACGGUUACCGUGCCUCCGUUGAAGAGAUUAUCAUCAGACUCGUCUCUGAUCAUCAUUCUGUCUGUUGUUCUGGUUCUGAUCUUCAUUGGACUUUUAUUACUGAUCGUGACUCUUUAUAAGAGGCAUCCGACUCGAGGUGCUGAUUCCUCACGCCAAAGAGAAAAUGAAACGGUUACUCCGACAGCUUGUGAUUACGAGGAGAUUAAAGACCUCAGACUUCACGAUGAUUCAGAUACAGGAAGAUCUGCUGAAUGCAAUACUGCACAAAUACUCACAAACACUUCUGAUAAUGCUCUUUACUCUACAGAUACACUGAACUACGCAGUGGUGAACUUUCAGAAGAAAUCUGAUGGUGUUGAUCGGAUCAGUUUUAGUAAUAAUCAGGAUUACAGUGAAUAUGCAACAGUCAAUAAGGCCGCAGUUUGAGGACACCACAACAGAAAAUGUUUGUUAUAGAUUCUCAUUGAAAAGGACAAACAGGUGGACAUUGUGUAUUAUUGUAAAUAUUUAUCUGUAUUGAAAAUAUAAAGUUCUUUUAAAUGUUUGCUAAGUUCACAAUGGCAUGCCGCUAUACUCUUCUGUCCUUACCAACAUCGAGAAUUCAUGGCAAACUUGCCGCAAUUCGCCACUGAUCAUUUUGACAUGCAAAUGAGCUUUGAGGUAAACUUGCGGUAAAUUGUCGAUUAUCACCUAAAGUUUGCCGGAGCUUCACCGCUACAGGUGAAGAACUGCAAUCUUGUGGAUAACAUUUGCGGUGAACCACAAGCUCAUUUGCACAUGAAAGUAACGAGCAGUAAAUGUGUGGCAAGUCUGUGGCAAGUUUAGUUUUUUUUGUAAGCUGUGGCUGAAAUAGGGGGCAGCUGUGGUUCAGGUGGUAGAGCGGGUCGGCCGCUAAUCGCAGGGUUGGCGGUUCGAUUCCUGGCCCACAUGACUCCACAUGCCGAAGUGUCCUUGGGCAAGACACUGAACCCCAAGUUGCUCCCAAUGGCAGACUAACACCUUACAUGCAGCUCUGCCGCCAUUGGUGUGUGAAUGUGUGAAUGAGAUACAGUGUAAAGCGCUUUGAAUACCGCUAAGGUUAGCAAGGCGCUAUAUAAGUGCAGACCAUUUACCAUGAAUAGCAGAGUUGUACAUUAGCAAUGUUUUGUAAGUUACUCAAAAAAGUAAUCCACUACAAAUUGCUAAAUGCUCCUCUAAAAUUGUAAUCUGAUUAUUUCACUGAUUACUUUGUUGAAAUUUUUUUUUCUCAAAUAAAAAUUAAGUUUUUCAUUGUUGCAUAAAAUUCA